GAGAAGCAGCCGAGCGAGCGCAGCGACUGAACGGGCUGAGAGCGACCUGCAGCCGCACACGGAACCAUGACCCGGCGGCCCAGAAACAGUGUUUACAGCAGCGAGGAGGAUGAGGACGAGGCCGAGAUGUACGAGCACGACUACGACGGCUCUCUGGCCAAGACGGGGAAACGGCACCUGGGUAAAACCCGCUGGACCCGAGAGGAGGACGAGAAGCUGAAGAAGCUGGUGGAGCUUCACGGAUCAGAAGACUGGAAGCUCAUCGCCAGUCUUCUAACUAACCGGACGGACGUUCAGUGUCAACACCGGUGGCAGAAGGUUCUGAACCCGGAGCUGAUCAAAGGGCCGUGGACCAAAGAGGAGGACCAGCGGGUGAUCGAGCUGGUCCAGAAGUACGGAGCCAAGCGCUGGUCGGUGAUCGCCAAGCACCUGAAGGGCCGCAUCGGGAAACAGUGCCGCGAGCGCUGGCACAACCACCUGAACCCGGAGGUGAAGAAGACGUCGUGGACCGAGGAGGAGGACCGGAUCAUCUACCAGGCCCACGAGAAGCUGGGAAACCGCUGGGCCGAGAUCGCCAAGCUGCUGCCGGGCAGGACCGAUAACGCCAUCAAGAACCACUGGAACUCCACCAUGAGGAGGAAGGUGGAGCAGGAGGGCUACCUGCAGAACGCGUCCAAGAACAACGGCUCCUCGCUCUCCAUUGGUCACGGAUACGUCAAGGCGUCCAAUCACGUCAUGGGCUACCCCCACCACUCGCCCAAUCACACGCAGCUUCCGCCGCUGAACUACAACUUCAUAUCCGACACACACAGAGUGCCGUUUCCGAUGGCGCUGCACCUGAACAUCCUGAACAUCCCCAACAUCCCGCACCACGGCACCGCUGCUAUCCAGAGACACUAUGGCGAGGAGGACCCGGAGAAGGAGCAGAGGGUGAAGGAGAUCGAGCUGCUGCUCAUGUCCACGGAGAACGAGCUGCGAGGCCAGCCGGCGCUGCCCAUGAACAUUCCCUUCCCGAGCUGGACCGGCCACAGUGCAGUGGGUUCUGACGGCCCGGUUCUGUCCCUACCUCACCACCAGGCGGCCGCUCCGUCGCUGCCGCUGGACCAGAGCUGCCUCCCGGAGGAGAGCGCCUCGGCAACGCGCGCCCACGGCAACAGCAGCAACCACAACAGCAGCAACCACAGCAGCCCGACGUUCUCCAACCCGAUCCCAGAGUUCAUGGAGUCCGUCAUCGAUUCGUUCCUGAACCAGUCGAUGAGCCCCGAGCACUCGGACAGCGACAGCGUCCCGAUGAGCUCCCCGGUCGACUCCAAGCCGCUGGUCGAGCACUCGGCCAGGCCUCAGAAGGAGAACGAAAUGUUCAGGACUCCGAACAUCCGCCGGUCGAUCCUGGAGUCGACUCCUCGGACACCGACGCCCUUCAGGUCCACGCUGGCGCUGCAGGAGGCCAAGUACGGACCUCCGAAGCUGCAGAACACCCCUCUGGAGCAGCAGAUGGUAGAGUCCAUCAAACAGGAGCCGAUGGAAUGUUCCAUCGAGCAGCCGCCUCUGAAGAAGAUCAAGCAGGAGGUGGAGUCUCCCUGUGAGCGGAGUCCCUGUAUGCAGUGGGAGGGUCAGGAUCUGCACACUCAGCUGUUCUCGCCCAACGGUCCGGCCCAGGAAGUCCCUGACCUGCUAACGAGCUCGUUACUGAGCGACGACGGACACAAAUCGUACCACCUCCCUCACAGGGGCGUCAGCAGCCCUCCACAGCCGCUGAGCUCCUGGGAACAGGCGACCUGCGGCCAGACGGACGAGCACAUGCUGGCGGCGGAGCAGAAGUACAUCAACACUUACCCGACGAGGACGCUGGUCAUGUAGGCGGGGCCUCGCCGGGCCGACCCGGUUCUUACUUGUUGUGGUGCAACAGUUGGGAGAGGCCUCGCGCCGAUCGGUGUUCCUACACUCACACUCGUUGGGAUUCCAGCCAACCAAAGACUCUGAUUUUUAAACCUUUUUUACUUGCUUUGGGUUUUACGAGCGUCCUCCUGCUCCGUGUAUUCAUCUGACUGUUGUAUUAUAAACGGGGAACUACGGUGACUGUGUUUGCGUUGGGCUGUAUUAUUAAUUACAAAUUUUGACAUUAAUAUAAAGAACAAGUUGAUUAAUUUAUUGUUUUUUUUUUUCAUGAUGAUGAUGAGUUUGUUGUUGUUGUUGUUUUCAAUUGGCCGACGGAGCAGUGUUGUUUAAAGUAUUUAAGCCCUUCUAGCAUUACCACACAUCCGGCGGCACAGCAAGGAUUUCAAACUGACCUCUGUAUUUCACUUCCUGCUCGCUUUUCACGGGUCUGCCGACAAUUUCAAGUGUUUCGUUAGUAUUACCGGAUCGCCACCCACCUUUGAUUUCACGAGACAAACACGAUUGGGUUUUCAUUUCAACGUCCCGGUUUCUUCCUGCGCCGGGAUCAGAACAAAACGAUGCUAAAGCUGAGCUGCACCCAGUGAGUCGGACCGAGCUGCACUUGAUUUGUACCCUCCUACAGACACAAAGAGAAAACACUCAUGUUUAUAUGGCGCUGCAGCCAAACGCCCAACGCUGGAACCUUUUUCUAUGUUUUUUUUAAAUUUUGUAACUCGAUCGGCGCUCCGUGUUUGACGCCUUUGUUUUGAUACCAGCUUCUGAGCAGAUUGUUUUCAUAAAAGCAUUUUUUUAAUGCCAAGUUUUCAUGUUUUUUAUACUUUUCUAAACUGCCUAGUAAAUAAAGUGUGCUGUUUUUAUUACAA